UGCUAGCCUGCCUAGCUGCGGGAGGAAACCUCCCUCCUUCGGUCUUGAGUCCAUCCGGGUGGCCGCGCUGCGUGGGCGACGAGUGUCGUCAUCUGUGAUUCUACUUCCGCUUCGCUGUGGGAGAGGAGAAGGCGGUAACAUGGCGACGUUGGAGCCGACUGAGCUUCCAGUGAAAAUGAGCCAUAAGAAGUCCAGGGCUGCUCGGCAGAAGGAGAAACGGAAGAAACGGCGACAGGAGCUCGCCCGAUUGAGAGAUGCAGAAUUGGCACAGAAUGAGGAGGAAGAAGAUCCAAUUGCUGAAGAAAAACGAUUGGAAGAAGAAAGGCUGAUGGAGGAAGAGAGGCAAAGAUUGCAUGAAGAAUGGUUACGGAGGGAAGAGAAGGCACAAGAGGAAUUCCGUGCAAAGAAGAAAAAAGAAGAGGCAGCUCGAAAACGGAAGGAAGAACAAGAGAGAAAGUUAAAAGCAGAAUGGGAAGAGCAGCAGAGAAAAGAACGAGAGGAAGAGGAGCAGAGACAGCAGGAGAAGAGAGAAAGAGAGGAAGCUGUGCAGAAGAUGCUGGAUCAGGCUGAAAAUGAGUUGGAAAAUGGUGGCACCUGGCAGAACCCAGAACCGCCCAUGGAUGUGAGAGUAUUGGAGAAAGAUCGAGCCAAUUGUCCAUUCUACACAAAAACGGGAGCUUGCAGAUUUGGCGAUAGGUGUUCACGUAAACACAACUUCCCCACGUCAAGUCCCACCUUGCUUAUUAAGAGCAUGUUUACAACGUUUGGAAUGGAACAGUGCAGGAGGGAUGACUAUGACCCCGAUUCAAGCCUGGAGUACAGUGAGGAAGAGACCUACCAGCAGUUCCUAGACUUCUACCACGAUGUCCUGCCGGAGUUCAAGAACGUGGGAAAAGUGGUUCAAUUUAAGGUCAGCUGCAACUUGGAACCUCAUCUGCGCGGCAAUGUGUAUGUUCAGUACCAGUCGGAAGAAGACUGUCAAGCAGCUUUUUCUCUUUUUAAUGGACGAUGGUAUGCAGGACGACAGCUUCAGUGCGAAUUCUGCCCAGUGACCCGGUGGAAAAUGGCAAUUUGUGGCUUAUUUGAAGUACAGCAGUGUCCAAGAGGAAAACACUGCAACUUUCUUCACGUGUUCAGAAACCCCAACAAUGAAUUUAGGGAAGCUAAUAGAGACAUCUACCUGUCUUCAGAUUGGACAAGCUCCUCCUUUGGUAAGAAUUUGGAGAGGAGGGAAAGGACCAGCCACUAUGAUUACUACAGCAGGUCAAGAAGACGAAGGAGCCUGAGUCCAGACCUCUCCCACAAGAGAAACGGUGAAUCUGACAGGAAGAGCAGCAGUAGUAUUCACAGGGGUAAGAAGUCUCACAGACAUGUGACAAAAAGUCGUGAGAGGCGCCCUUCACUGAGCAGAGGAAGAAGGAGGGAUCACAGUCCAGGCCCCUGGAGCCAGAGCCGCAGGAGCCGCAGGAGCAGGAGCCGGAGUCGAAGUAGGAGUCCAAGCAGGAGCCGAAGUUGGAGCCGGAGCUCAUCGAGGUCCAGGAGUCAUGGCAGGAGGAAGUCAGGUAGUAGAGACAAAACCACCCAGAGUCCCAAAUCUAAAUAAACUUGGUUGUUUUUAAAUAUCAAUCUGUCUUUCUAUGGCAGCUAACUCACCUGUGUAGUUUGACAAGGCUAGCUAAAUACUAUGAUGUAAAUCAUACUUUUUGAUAAAUUGUAUUUAUAAUAACAUGAAAUUACUUGUAAUCCUAACUUUGAGAGCAUCAGUUAACAUUAGAGUAAUACUUUAGUAUUUUUUCGUUUUCUGUAUUUUUUUUCUCUGUGUAAAUGUAUCACAGGUAUGGAGGUCAGAGGACAGUUUUCAGGGGUCAGUUACACAGUGAGAUCCAGGGAUUGAACUGAGGUCAUGAGGCUUUCUCACCAAAUAUCUUUACCCUUUGAGCCCUCUUGCUAGCCCACCUUGUUAUUCUUAAGUGUCCAUACCCUUUACUUUUGGUUUAUGCAAAUGGGCAUUUUGCUAACAUGUAUUCGUGUGCACUACUUGUGUGCCUAGUGCCCACGGAGGCCAGAAGAUGGUGUCAGAUCCCUUGGACUGGAGUUAUAGAUGGUUGUGAGCUGCCAUUUG